AUGGAUUCCUCUUUAGACCUGCAGCCUGAGGCGGACGAGAGCCAUGAAGCAGUUGUGUCCCCAUUCGCUCACAGUAAUCACCAGGAAACCCGGAACCCCACAGAGGAGGUGUUCAGGGAUGGACCAUCAAACUACCCCAUGCACACUGCCUUUACAAACGUUGAGUCUUCCCAGACCCAAAGCCAUCACUCCUUACAAGAAAGUACUAACGGAGAUGAGGAGGCUGGGAGUAGACCGACCGUCCACAGAGAGGGUUUAGAACUUGUCAGCCUGGCGGCGCCAAUCGUGGGGAUGAACCUGGUGCAAAUGCUCCUGGUGCUGUCGUCGGCGGCGUUUGUGGGUCACCUGGGAAGGGUGGAGCUGGCAAGCUGCCAGCUGGCAACGACGCUGGCAAACGCAACCGGACAUCUGCUGCUGAUUGGCCUCACUCUCGGAUUCGAAACCCUGGGCGGCCGUGCGGCGGGGGCAGGACAGCUGGCAGAGCUUGCGCACAUGACGCUCUGCUGCACGCUGCUCCUCACGGUUCUCGCCGGACUGAUCGCCGCCGUCUGGAGCCAGUUCGCGGGUAUUCUGUUACUACUCGGGCAGGACAGGGAGCUCUCGGUACGGACCGCCCGGUACAUGCUUCUCCUCAUCCCCAGCCUGUUUGCACACGCGUGGUACGCACCGCUCGUGACGUUCCUCCAGUCGCAGGGCGCCACGAGAGCGCUCGGGUGGGCCUCUGGGGCCACGCUCCUGGUGCACGUGCCCUGCACCUGGUUCUUCAUUUACUACCUGGGCUGGAAGUCGGACGGCGCCGCUCUCGCCACCAGUGUCUCCUACUUCGUGAUGCUCGUCCUGUUGGCGGGCCACGUGUACGGAUCCAAACAGUACAGGGCCUUCCGACCCACAUUUACCAUGAAAAAGACGUUCCGGCACCUGUGGCCCCUCGUCAAGCUGGGGCUGCCGUCCUCCAUCAUGCUCUGUUUUGAGUACUGGGCAUUCGACGUACUGUACAUUCUGUGCGGACUGCUGGACGAUCCGUACGUCCACGUGUCCGCCCUAGCCGUCGCCAUGAACACGUUGUGGCUCCCGUCGAUGACGUUCGUUGGUUUGGGUGCUGCUCUGUGCACACGUGUCGCAAGCGAGCUGGGCUCCGGAAACACUGCCCGCGCGCGCGGCGCCACGCGCGUCGGCCUCAAGAUUGGCGCUGCGCUCGGCGCGGUCACGUGCGCGCUGGUGAUGGCGACCCACCGCUGGGUGCCGCUUAUCUUCGUGGCCGCCGCCGACGGGCCCCUGCUGCGGCUGUCCUCGCGCCUCAUUCUGCUCGUCGCAGCAGUCGCGCUCGCGGACGCCAUCGCGCAGACUGCGGGAGGCGUUAUUCGCGGAUGCGGGAGGCAGUCAUUGGGUGCGGUCAGCACCUUCUGUAGCUACUACCUGAUCGGACUCCCUACGUCAGCAAUUCUGGCCUUCCCACUCAACCUCGGUGUCUGGGGCCUGGUUGGUGGCCAGCUCCUUGGCGUCUUGUGCCAGGCCGUAUUCUUGGGGACGACUGUGGCGGUCACAAAUUGGGAACGUCAGGCUAUCAAGGCGUUGGAUUCGGUAUCAGAGAUCGCCAACGGCGCCGUAGACGCCGUCCCGUGUUCAUCGAGUGUGAGGGUAUGUCGACGUGCCGCCGAUGAGAGCAACGCGCCGGCGUCUUCCAACUCCUGA